AUGUCAAAUCGCCGACGCACCCUAGCGGUCGCUUACGAUUCCGAUGCAUCUUUCUCGGUUGACGAUGAAUACGACGACCACGACGAUGUUUUCGAUGCGAAGGAGCAACAAGAUGGUUCGGAUACCGAUACAACCGAUAAUGAAGAUCUCUACGAAGACGACGAUUUUGAUAUAGAGGACCAGGUUCGGCUCUUCGACGGGAAUGUGCAUCCACCUGAGUACUGGCGGUGCAAUGUGGAGGGAUUUAACGAGGAUUCUUACGCCUGUCAAGAUUAUAGCUCUGGGACGAUGGUGCUUCUCGAUGCUGUUGAGGAACAGUGGCGCCAAUUCUGUAGUGUUCUUAAGCGCGACAAAGAAGACUGCUACGCGACUAUCUCCCUUAGCCUCCUAUAUAACUUCUUUGACUGGUUCCUAAGUCAGAAGGUCGGUAAGGACGGCAGAAAGAAACGUGGAAUCAAGAAGAAGAGCUCGUUAGGCACAUACUGGAAGGUCUUUCGACUCGUCUUCGAGAGAGCUGUGGGCGACAAGAUUGACCAGAAGCUGAACCGCAAUCUCGCAAAGAAGCACGAUUUGAGCGAGCAGCAGCGAGCUAAUCGCUGUAUGACGAUCGACGAUCUCAAGCAGCAGAUCGAGACGACGCUGAGCAUAAUAAAGAAAUCGUUCAAACUAGGAGAGUUACGUAUCCUCGCUGUGCUCUUUCUCCUCCUGCUUGCCCCGGCUGGUUCUCGCCCAGAAGCGACUUUAAAUCUGCGGUUCAAGGAUAUUAGGGUCGCUCUGGCGAGGGAUCCAGAAGGCGGACCACAUAAGCUUCUUCUUCGGUUCACUCUGGAGUUCACUAAAAGCUACCUUGGCGAGAAGGAACAGAAAACAUACGCAGUUCCUGAGACUAUGUUCGACCCAUCCUUGCUCCUGAGCCCCCACGUCUUCCUUCUAGGCGUCCUCUUCCGAUAUCGAGCUUUCAAUGCAUCCAACCUCACCUCGCCACACCAUCUUGAUAUCCUCGACAUACAUCCCAGGGAGCGGGAGCUGCCACUACCGUUAAAGGAGGACCUGAACAACACCUUCAUUUUCCGUCGAGCCGUUGAGACAUUAACGGGCUACCAAAUUUCCCCUAAAGAACGUAUAUCUUCUGGCAUGAUGGCGGCGUGGAUUAAGAGAAUCGGCGAAAUCCUAGGCUUUGAGUACCCUACGAUAGCCUAUAACUUGCGUUAUAACGCAGCCAACGCGUUUGACCAAAGUGUUGACGUCAGCGAAGCUCUCCGGAACCUCGCCAUGGGGCAUGGCAGCUCAGACCCGUUCCAGAGGCAUUACCUCGGGCGGAACAUCUCCGCCGACCUCUGGGGCAUCCUUCGCGGAUAA